GUUACUCAGGGGUUUUUGGGGUCGCUGAUUACAAAUCCGAAGUCGGUUUUUAAAAAUUCAAAAUGGCGGAUCCAAUUUCUUCAGUGGUGGAGGAAUGAGAGCUUUGAAGCAGAAUAUGAGCCAAUGAAGGUAGUAAGUCGUUUGCGCAGUAGACCAAAUUAUGUUUCUGCGCAUACUUACAUGUUUGUGCUAGCUUGAUGCUCAUACACUGCGGCAAACCACUGGAAUCCAUCAUUGUCCUCCGUAUUUGCAUCACCCCCACCACUGGAGUUAUUCCUCGUAAUUCGAAUCUUCUUGAUCAAAACGCUUCAUUGAGCUUUGGGCAGUACUGGCUUUGGGAACAAAGCGCUUUGGAAUGCAAUCUUAUCUACUUGUUCCAGUAGCUAUUUCGAUAAUUUUGUAAUAAACUUAUAUGUAAAUAUGUAAUGUCAAACAGUUCUUUUCAGAACUAAUUUUUGCUACAGUUUAUACUGCUUCAUUAGCAAUAUAUUUUUAAAAUAACAGUUAAAAGUAUUCUUUUUAAUCAGAUACUAAAAAUUACUUUUUCUAUUUGUUCUUUUUAGUACUAUUUAUUUAGCCAGUUCUUUUCAGAACCAAAUAUAUUAAAACGCGUAUGGUAAGUAUAUAAGUUUUCUUUUGUUCAGAGGCAAAAAUGUCAAGUCGAGUUUGUGUCAAUGACCCUGACAAAUUUUGUUACAUUUGUGGCAGAUAUGCUAUUCAAAAACAAAGACGAGUAAAAACUAAUUACCAGAGUUAUUUCGGCUUACAGAUGAUUAAUCUAGAUAAAAGAUGGGUACCUCAUUCAGUUUGCACAAGUUGUGUGAGUAUCUUGUCCUCAUGGUCCAAAAAUUCGAAAGAUUCUAAAAGAAUGCCUUUUCAGAUUCCAACGAUUUGGCGAGAACCGCAGUCGCAUGCUGACUGUUAUUUUUGCUUAUGCAAACUUGAAGGUUUUAAUGUUAAGACUAAAGAUAAUAUAAAAUAUCCUGAUGUGUCUUCAGUCACAAAACCUCUCACUUACGAAGACGAAAAUAUUCUUCCACAUGUACCGCCAUCCCAUCAUAGAGUUGUCGAUGAUUUAUGUGAUUUGGAAGAUAGUACUGAUGAAACUCAUGAAAAAUAUGACAAAUCUUACUUACCUGACGAAGAAAUAAAGUCGGGUCAAUUUACACAAACCGAGUUAAAUGAUCUCGUUCGAGAUUUAAAUCUUUCUAAAGAAAGUGCAGAACUUCUUGGAUCGAGACUUAAAGAAAAAAACAUGCUUGAUAAAGAUACUACUUACUAUUGGUAUAGAAGUAGAGAGAAAGAAUUUUGUGAAUACUUUUUACAGAACGAAUCAUUAGUAUUUUGCAACAAUGUUCCGGGAUUAAUGAAACGUCUAGGAAAUGAGGAAUAUAAUGACAAUGAUUGGAGACUUUUCAUUGAUUCUUCCAAAAGAAGUUUAAAGGCGGUUUCAUUACAUAACGGAUCUAAAUAUGCUUCAGUUCCUAUUGCUCAUUCUGUACAUUUGAAAGAGACGUAUGAUAUUCUAGUCAAUUUACUUACAAAUAUUAAGUAUAAUGAGCAUAAUUGGGUCAUUUGUGGGGAUUUGAAAAUAAUAUCCAUGAUAUUAGGUCAACAGUCCGGAUACACGAAAUAUCCAUGUUUUUUGUGCCAGUGGGACAGUAGAUGUCGAGCAGAGCACUGGACAAAAAAAUAUGGCCAGUUAGGUCAGAACUGUUACCUGGCUCACUAAAUGUCAUCCGUCUUCCUCUGGUAUCCCGUGAUAAGACUUUGUUACCUCCUUUGCACAUCAAAUUAGGGUUGAUUAAACAAUUGGUCAAAGGCUUAAAUAAAGAAGGUAAAUGUUUUAAGUAUUUGUUUGAAAAAUUCCCCUCACUAAGUGAUGCGAAGAUAAAAGAAGGCAUUUUUGUAGGACCAGAUAUAAGGAAACUCACGAAGGACACCAAAUUUAAGAGUGUCAUGAAUGAAGUAGAAAGAAAUACAUGGAAAGGAUUCAAAGAUGUCUGUAACGGAUUCUUAGGAAAUGUCAAACAACCCAACUAUAAAGAAUUAGUACAAAAUAUGUUAGACAGUUACAAGGAACUAGGGUGCAAUAUGAGCAUAAAAGUACAUCUUCUUAACAGUCAUUUAGACUAUUUUCCUGAAAAUUUAGGAAGCGUUAGUGAUGAACAAGGGGAGAGGUUUCAUCAAGACCUUAAAGAGAUUGAAAAAAGAUACCAAGGAAGAUGGGACAUUCAUAUGCUAGCAGAUUACUGCUGGUGUCUUAAGCGAGAUAAUUACAAUGCGAUCCAUAAAAGAAAAAGUAAUAAACGAAGAUUUAUUCAAUCUGAAUAAAUGCAUCGUUUCUGCAUUUAUUGGUCAUUCUUUUUUCCUGAUUUACUGAUUUGGUAUUCAUUUUGCAUUACCUUUAUUGAUUAGGUAGUCAACAUGCCCUGACUUUAUUGGUUGGGUCUCGUUCCGAACUUACCUUCAUUGGUUGGGUACACUUCUCACCUUGCCUUCAUUGGUUGGGUCUCGUUCCAACCUUACCUUUAUUGGUUGGGUAGUCUUUUCACCUUGCCUUCAUUGGUUGGGUCUCGAUCCGACCUAACCUUCAUUGGUUGGGUACUCUUCUCACCGUGCCUUCAUUGGUUGGGUCUCGUUCCAACCUUACCUUCAUUGGUUGGGUACUCUUCUCACCUUGCCUUCAUUGGUUGGGAACUCUUCUUACCUGGCCUUCAUUGGUUGGGUCCGAUGAUAGUUUUUCAAGAUUCGAAAUGGCAGAUCCAACAUUAUGGACAAAAACCAAAAUACAGACACAGCCAUAAAAAUGACUACUAGGAGAUUUUUCAAUUUAGAAAACUAUCAUCGGAUUUUUACUUAGCGACCCCAAAAACUUCCAAGAGGUCAUUUUUAUAAAUUUACCUCAGUUUUUUAAAGAAGUUGUCCGCCAUAUUGGAUCCGCCAUUUUGAAUUUUUAAAAACCGACUUCGGAUUCGUAAUCAGCGACCACAAAAACCCCCGAGUAACAAUUUUCAGACAAAUGAAAUGGGUUUUUAAAAAAGUUGUCCGCCAUAUUGGAUCCGCCAUUUUGAAUUUUUAAAAACCGACUUCGGAUUUGUAAUCAGCGACCCCAAAAACCCCCGAGUAACGAUUUUCAGACGAAUUAAAUGGUUUUUUAAAAAAGUUGUCUGCCAUAUUGGAUCCGCCAUUUUGAAUUUUUAAAAACCGACUUCGGAUUCGUCAUCAGCGACCUCAAAAACCCUUGAAUACAGAGCAUGACGAAAAUCGCAUUUCUACAAAAAAAGUCGGGCGUUUAAGGGUUAAUGGUCUUAAAAAAUGACUGAAGGUCAUACAUUUAAAUGUUCAUAACUUCUUUAAAAAUAAUCGUAAAUUAAUUUUCAAAAAUAGGUUUUGAAGCUGAGAGUAUGCACUAUAUGAUAGCGCUUUCGAAAAUUAAAGAAAAAAUUUUUUUCUCCCAGAAAAAAUUCCCAAAAGUGUCCAAAAUAGCCAUUUUCGGGACAUUUGACCUUGAAUUACUCAAAAUCCUGACGUGAUGGGCCAUUUUGGACAUCAGAUUCGUGUUUAGCGCGCAAAAACCUACGAGAAUUAGUACCACAGGUUCUUGUAACUAAAUCUCGCAGGCCUGUGUAAUCUGUUAAUGAGAAUAAUGUAAUCUUAAGUUAAAUUAUUUUUAAAAAUCGUAUUUAAUUAAAAAUAUAAUAAAUAUGUCAACGCACGUUUUCAAUUAUUUUUCAAAUAUUUUUAAAUUUAAUUAUUCCAUUUUAUGAUUACACUCUUCUCAU